GAGGGAAGUAGAGGUGCUGCAGGUGGAGGUUUGUCACCUUUGAGGCGCUGGAGGAGAGACACUGAGGCUGAGAGAGAAGACUCUGACAGAGACCAAGAGGACAGCCAUGUUUUCAGCCAGACCAGAGAUUCAGCCGUAAAAGACAAGAGGCGGUCGCCCCCCUCGAACAGAUCCCCCUCGGGCCAACAACGCAACCCUCACCACACCAGCUCCACAGACGAGCAGGAGAGCCCCGAGAGAGUGAAGGAGAAGCUCCAUGCAGAGUUGAAGCAGGUGUUGAGUCAGAAAAGAAGUCUCCUGAGAGAGUCGACCUGCCAGCUGGCCCAACCAGAGAUGGAUCCAGAACCCACAGAAGAAAAAACUACAGGGGAGGAGGUCUCCAAGUCAGUAGAAAUCGUGGUGGAGACGGAGGCAGAGGUUGGAGCAAGUGGCUACAGUGUGACUGGUGGAGGACAGCGAGGGAUCUUUGUCAAAGACGUUCUCAAAGACUCGCCAGCUGCUAAACAUCUCAGUCUACAGGAAGGUGACCAGCUGCUGAGUGCCAAGGUCUACUUUGACAAUGUGAGGUACGAAGACGCUCUGAAGAUCCUUCAGUGUGCUGAGCCUUACAAGGUCAGCUUCCAGCUGAAGAGGACCAUCCCUGGAUCUGAGGUCAGCGUGAGGCCUCGAGUUCCCAGUGUGGAGGUCAAAGGCCCAAAAGCUAAGAUGGCCAAAAUGAGUGUAAAGGGCACAAAACCAUUCAAGACAAAGAAGAAGAGAGGAGGUCGUUUUGGUCUGAAGAGGCUGAAGGAGAAGCGCAAAGAGGAGCUGGUCAUUGAGGGAACGCCCCCCAGGCUCGAUAUGGGUGACGUGGACGUGGAAUUUUCUCUCCCGAAAUUCAAACAGAGGAGCGUGAAGGUUGAAGCAGGAGGGACCGAAGGAGCUGCAGCUGUAGGGAAGGCAAAGAGGAAAAUCAGAUUUCCUGGCAUGAAAACAAAGAGUUAUGCUGGAAAAGAAACUGGAGGAACAGUGGAAACGGGAAGAUUCGAGGGGCAGGUGAACAUUUCACAACCAGAGAUAUCAGGAGCCAAAGUAAAAACAAAGGGAAAAGGACAAAAGUUUGGAAUCAGCUUUCCGAAGAGCAAACACACGAAGCCAGGCUCGGCUUUGGAAGGUGGAUCUGUGGAGCUGAAGCCCCCCGGUGUGAACAUUCAGCCACCAUCAGUGGAGUUCAGUUUGUCUGGUGAUAAAGACAUUAACGUACCUGAUGUGGAGUUUGCACUGCCGUCAGGAAAACCUGAGGCAUCUUUGCCUGCAGUGGAAGGAAAGGCAGAAAUCAAAGCUCCUAAAAUUGACAUCAAAGGAGGAGCUGAUGCAGAGGCAGCUAGGGGAAAAGUUGAUGUAGAUGUGGGCAAAGGAGAUGCAAAGUUAAGAAUGCCAAAGCUGAAACUACCUAAAGUUAGACUCUCACGUCAUUCAGACGAAAUCGAUGGUGACAUUAAGGUAAAAGCCAAGGGGAUGAAAGUUCCUGAAACAGACAUAAUACCUCCAGAAGCUGAACUCAAAGCAGGUGAGAUCAGUCUCCCUGAUGCAAAUAUAGCCAAACCAAAGAUAGAGGGUGAUAUCUCAGGAAAAGCUCCAUCUAUUCAAAUGCCCUCUGUUGAUAUAUCCUUACCAAAAGUAAAGGGAAAGCAUGACAUCGAAGUUGCCCUCCCUGAGGGUGCUGGAAGGAUGGAAAUCAAGAUGCCAGUUAUUGACAUCUCUGUGCCUGAUGUUGAUUUGGAAUUGGACACCAAAAGACUUCCUGAUGAGGUGGAAGGCACAUUUAAAGGGCCCAAUAUCUCAAUGCCAAAGGUCGAUGUCUCCCUACCAAAGAUGGGAAUGCCCAGUUUAGACAUCGAAGGUCCAGAGGGUGGAGGAAAAUUUAGUUUACCCCCUGUAGACAUCUCUCUUCCACAAGUGAAAGCAGAGGGUGGAGAUGUGGAUAUGGACUAUUAUGUAGGUGGAGAUGGGAAGUUCAAAAUGCCUGAUUUUGAUGUCUCUUUCCCAAAAAUUAAAACAUCAGGGGAAGUAAAUACACAAGGGAAAGAGCUGAAAGGGGAGUUCAAGUUACCAAAUGUAGACAUUUCUCUACCCAAAGGCAAAACUGAAGGAGACACUGGAGGUGCUGGAAAGGGAGGGAAGUUUAAAAUGCCUACCUUUGAUGUUUCUCUGCCUAAGAUGAAACUACCAGAGGGUCAUAUGAACGUUGACGAGCCCAAGCUCGAAGGUGGAAGUGGGAUCCAGAUGCCUUCUGUUGACAUAUCAUUACCAAAAGGAAAAAUAGAAGGGGACAUUGAAAUAGAGGGUCCAUCGGCAAAAGGAGGGAGGCUCAAAAUGCCCUCACUUGAUGUCAAACUUCCCAAGAUGGAAACAUCUGGGGUUGAUGUUGACUUACAAAGACCUGAAGUCAAAGGUGGAAAAAUUGGAAUGCCAUCAGUUGACAUUUCUCUACCAAAAACAAAAGGUGAGGUUGACAUAGAAGGAAAAGGCAAAUUUAAAAUGCCUUCGUGUAAUAUUAAUCUCCCAAAAAUGAAAUCACCUGAAGGAGAUGUUGUUUUAGAAGGACCUGAAAUCAAAGGAGGAAAGAUCAAGAUACCUACUGUGGAUGUCUCACUUCCCCAAGGAAAUGUAGAGGGGGAUUUGGACAUUAACAGACCUAAAUUUAAAGGAGGCCAAGUAAAUGUGCCUUCUGUAGAUAUAUCUCUUCCAAAAAUGAAGCUACCUGAAGGAGAUGUAAAACUAGAAUUCCCUGAAAUUCCAAAUGUUGAUAUUUCACUUCCCAAGUCAGGCAUAGAGGGCAACAUCGAGGUCGAGGGCAGCGGCAGUACUGGAGGAAAGUUCAAGAUGCCAAAUUUUGACAUCUCACUCCCAAAGAUGAAAACCAAGGAGGGAGAUGUUGAUAUUGAAGGACCUGAAGUCAAAGGAGGAGGGAAAUUCAGCAUGCCAUCAUUAGACGUAUCUCUCCCUAGCACUAAAUCACCGAAGGGGGAGAUAGACAUUGAAGCCCAAGGUGGGAAUUUCCAGAUGCCUUCUAUAAAUGUGUCACUACCAAAGAUCAAAUCCCCAGGGGGGGACAUGAACAUUGAGGGCCCUGGGGUUGAAGUUAAUACACCAGAGGUAGAUGUAGACCUAAAGGGAAGCAAGAUUAAGGGCGGGAAAAUUAAAAUGCCUACGGUUGAUGUCUCUAUUCCGAAAGGUAAAGCAGAGGGAAAGAUUGAUGUUGAGGGGUCCUUAGGAAAAGGAGGAAAGUUUAAGAUGCCAGCAUUUGAUGUGUCGAAACCAAAAAUGAAGAUGCCUGAAGGAAAUGUCGGCAUUGAGGGACCCUCUGUUGACAUCUCUCUUCCAAAAGGGAAAGUAGAGGGUAACAUACAAUCUAAAGGUAAAGGAGGACAUUUCCAUAUGCCCUCAGUAGAUGUUUCUCUCCCUAAAAUAAAAUCUAAACGAGGAGAUAUCAGUACAGAGGGACCAGAAAUCAAGGGCACAGAUAUCAAAAUGCCAACUAUUGACAUCUCACCACCUAAAGGAAAACUAAAAGGGGACAUCACAAUUGAAGGGGAAGGAGACAAAGUCAGCUUGCCCUCUGUGGGUGUUGCCCUACCUGCAGUAAAAAUCCCCAAAGGUGAUGUAAAAUUUCAAGGGCCAAAAGUCAAAAGUGGUAAAUUUGAAAUGCCAAAGAUUGAUGUCUCACUUCCAAAAGGAAAAGCAACAGGGGACAUUGAUAUAGACAUUCGCCCUGGAAAAGAUGGAAAUAUUGAAAUACCAGCCUAUGAUGUUAGACUUCCUAAAGGACAAGCCAAGGGUGGCAUAAAUGUUGAUGUCUCAGCACCAGAAAUUAAAGCUCCUAAUGUAGACGUCAGCCUUGAGGGUCCAGAGGUUAAAGGAAGAAAAACUGAAAUGCCAGACAUUGAUAUUUCACUCCCUAAAGGAAAAGCAAAAGGAGGAACUGAAAUUGAAGGACAUGCUGGUAAAGGAGGAAAGUUUCACAUGCCUUCAUUUGACAUCUCUCUUCCUAAAAUGAAAGGAAAAGGACCAGAGGUCAACGUAGAGGGUCCUGAACUUAAGGGAGGAAAAUUAAACAUGCCAGACAUUGAUUUGACCCUCCCUACUGGAAAAGCUGAUGCUGACCUCAACAUUGAGGGACCAGAGGUGAAAGGAGGGAAAUUCAAAAUGCCCAAAUUUGAUGUGUCCCUUCCAAAGGCGAACCUGCCAGAAGCCAGUGUGGACAUGCCAUCAGUUGAUGUUUCACUGCCAAAAGGAAAAGCAGAUGUGGAUGUAGACAUCGAUGUACCCACUGGCAAGGGAGGGAAAUUUAACAUGCCCUCACUUGAUAUCUCUCCACCUAAAAUCAAAGCAAAAGGAGUUGAUGUUGAUAUAACAGGACCUGAGGUCAAAGGUGAUGUAUCUCUCCCAAAAGUGAAGACUCCAGAGGUUGACAUCAACCUUCAGGGUCCUGAUGUCAAAGGGGGAAAGUUCAGCCUACCCACUGUUGACAUUUCACUCCCCAAAGGAAAAGCUGACGCCGACCUCAACAUUGAGGGUCCAGAGGUGAAAGGAGGGAAAUUCAAAAUGCCCAAAUUUGACGUGUCACUCCCAAAGAUGAACCUCCCUGAGGGCAAUGUUGAAAUGCCAUCUUUGGAUGUUUCAUUACCCAAAGGAAAGGUGAAGGGAGAUGUUGAUAUUGAGGGACCCAAGAUUAAAGGAGGCAAGUUCAACCUGCCCUCAGUGGACCUCUCUCUUCCUAAAAUCAAAGCAAAAGGACCUGAUGUUGACAUUGAAGGACCUGAAUUAAGAGGUGAUAUUUCCCUCCCAGAGGGCAAACUUGAGGGUGAUGUCAAUGUUGAAGGACCCGAUGUAAAAGGAGGUAAAUUCAAAAUGCCCAGAUUUGAUGUCUCACUGCCAAAAGUGAGUCUCCCAGAAGGUGAUGUUCAAAUAAAGGGCCCAGACAUCAAAGGCAGAAAGAUUGAAAUGCCAGACAUUGAUAUUUCAUUGCCCAAAGGAAAAGCAGGAGGCGAAAUUGAAAUUGAAGGACAUGCUGGCAAGGGAGGAAAGUUCCACAUGCCUUCACUUGAUAUCUCUCUUCCUAAAAUGAAAGCCAAGGGGCCAGAGAUAAAUAUUGAAGGCCCUGACCUAAAAGGUGGCAAGAUGAGCGUACCAUCACUUGAUGUUUCUCUGCCCAAAAUUAAGUCUCCUGAUGUGGAUGUGAGUCUGCAGGGUCCUGACUUGAAAGGAGGAAAAAUUAAUGUGCCAACAGUGGAUAUUUCCCUUCCUGAAGGAAAAGUUGGAGGGGAUAUUAAUCUUGAAGGCCCAGAUGUGAAAGGAGGGAAAUUCAAAAUGCCCAAAUUUGACAUAUCUCUACCAAAAGUCAGUCUCCCAAAGUUUGAUGCCAGUGUGGAAGGGCCAGACCUGAAAGGAAAAAUGGAAAUGCCAUCAGUUGAUGUUUCUCUGCCAAAAGGAAAAGCAGAUGUGGAUGUAGACAUCGAUGUACCCAGCGGCAAAGGAGGCAAAUUAAAAAUGCCUACAGUGGAUAUUUCCCUUCCUGAAGGAAAAGUUGGAGGGGAUAUUAAUCUUGAAGGCCCAGAUGUGAAAGGAGGGAAAUUCAAAAUGCCCAAAUUUGACAUGUCUUUGCCAAAAGUCAGUCUCCCAAAGUUUGAUGCCAGUGUGGAAGGACCAGACCUGAAAGGAAAAAUGGAAAUGCCAUCAGUUGAUGUUUCACUGCCAAAAGGAAAAGCAGAUGUGGAUGUAGACAUCGAUGUACCCACUGGCAAAGGAGGGAAAUUUAACAUGCCCUCACUUGAUAUCUCUCUACCUAAAAUCAAAGCAAAAGGAGUUGAUGUUGAUAUAACAGGACCUGAGGUCAAAGGUGAUGUAUCUCUCCCAAAAGUGAAGACUCCAGAGGUUGACAUCAACCUUCAGGGUCCUGAUGUCAAAGGGGGAAAGUUCAGCCUACCCACUGUUGACAUUUCACUCCCCAAAGGAAAAGCUGACGCCGACCUCAACAUUGAGGGUCCAGAGGUGAAAGGAGGGAAAUUCAAAAUGCCCAAAUUUGACGUGUCACUCCCAAAGAUGAACCUCCCUGAGGGCAAUGUUGAAAUGCCAUCUUUGGAUGUUUCAUUACCCAAGGGAAAGGUGAAGGGAGAUGUUGAUAUUGAGGGACCCAAGAUUAAAGGAGGCAAGUUCAACCUGCCCUCAGUGGACCUCUCUCUUCCUAAAAUCAAAGCAAAAGGACCUGAUGUUGACAUUGAAGGACCUGAAUUAAGAGGUGAUAUUUCCCUCCCAGAGGGCAAACUUGAGGGUGAUGUCAAUGUUGAAGGACCCGAUGUAAAAGGAGGUAAAUUCAAAAUGCCCAGAUUUGAUGUCUCACUGCCAAAAGUGAGUCUCCCAGAAGGUGAUGUUCAAAUAAAGGGCCCAGACAUCAAAGGCAGAAAGAUUGAAAUGCCAGACAUUGAUAUUUCAUUGCCCAAAGGAAAAGCAGGAGGCGAAAUUGAAAUUGAAGGACAUGCUGGCAAGGGAGGAAAGUUCCACAUGCCUUCACUUGAUAUCUCUCUUCCUAAAAUGAAAGCCAAGGGGCCAGAGAUAAAUAUUGAAGGCCCUGACCUAAAAGGUGGCAAGAUGAGCGUACCAUCACUUGAUGUUUCUCUGCCCAAAAUUAAGUCUCCUGAUGUGGAUGUGAGUCUGCAGGGUCCUGACUUGAAAGGAGGAAAAAUUAAUGUGCCUACAGUGGAUAUUUCCCUUCCUGAAGGAAAAGUUGGAGGGGAUAUUAAUCUUGAAGGCCCAGAUGUGAAAGGAGGGAAAUUCAAAAUGCCCAAAUUUGACGUGUCUUUGCCAAAAGUCAGUCUCCCAAAGUUUGAUGCCAGUGUGGAAGGACCAGACCUGAAAGGAAAAAUGGAAAUGCCAUCAGUUAAUGUUUCACUGCCAAAAGGAAAAGCAGAUGUGGAUGUAGACAUCGAUGUACCCAGCGGCAAAGGAGGCAAAUUAAAAAUGCCUACAGUGGAUAUUUCCCUUCCUGAAGGAAAGGUUGAGGGCGACAUUAAUCUUGAAGGCCCAGAUGUGAAAGGAGGGAAAUUCAAAAUGCCCAAAUUUGACAUGUCUUUGCCAAAAGUCAGUCUCCCAAAGUUUGAUGCCAGUGUGGAAGGACCAGACCUGAAAGGAAAAAUGGAAAUGCCAUCAGUUGACGUUUCACUGCCAAAAGGAAAAGCAGAUGUGGAUGUAGACAUCGAUGUACCCACUGGCAAGGGAGGGAAAUUUAACAUGCCCUCACUUGAUAUCUCUCUACCUAAAAUCAAAGCAAAAGGAGUUGAUGUUGAUAUAACAGGACCUGAGGUCAAAGGUGAUGUAUCUCUCCCAAAAGUGAAGACUCCAGAGGUUGACAUCAACCUUCAGGGUCCUGAUGUCAAAGGGGGAAAGUUCAGCCUACCCACUGUUGACAUUUCACUCCCCAAAGGAAAAGCUGAUGCCGACCUCAACAUUGAGGGUCCAGAGGUGAAAGGAGGGAAAUUCAAAAUGCCCAAAUUUGACGUGUCACUCCCAAAGAUGAACCUCCCUGAGGGCAAUGUUGAAAUGCCAUCUUUGGAUGUUUCAUUACCCAAAGGAAAGGUGAAGGGAGACGUUGAUAUUGAGGGACCCAAGAUUAAAGGAGGCAAGUUCAACCUGCCCUCAGUGGACCUCUCUCUUCCUAAAAUCAAAGCAAAAGGACCUGAUGUUGACAUUGAAGGACCUGAAUUAAGAGGUGAUAUUUCCCUCCCAGAGGGCAAACUUGAGGGUGAUGUCAAUGUUGAAGGACCCGAUGUAAAAGGAGGUAAAUUCAAAAUGCCCAGAUUUGAUGUCUCACUGCCAAAAGUGAGUCUCCCAGAAGGUGAUGUUCAAAUAAAGGGCCCAGACAUCAAAGGCAGAAAGAUUGAAAUGCCAGACAUUGAUAUUUCAUUGCCCAAAGGAAAAGCAGGAGGCGAAAUUGAAAUUGAAGGACAUGCUGGCAAGGGAGGAAAGUUCCACAUGCCUUCACUUGAUAUCUCUCUUCCUAAAAUGAAAGCCAAGGGGCCAGAGAUAAAUAUUGAAGGCCCUGACCUAAAAGGUGGCAAGAUGAGCGUACCAUCACUUGAUGUUUCUCUGCCCAAAAUUAAGUCUCCUGAUGUGGAUGUGAGUCUGCAGGGUCCUGACUUGAAAGGAGGAAAAAUUAAUGUGCCUACAGUGGAUAUUUCCCUUCCUGAAGGAAAAGUUGGGGGGGAUAUUAAUCUUGAAGGCCCAGAUGUGAAAGGAGGGAAAUUCAAAAUGCCCAAAUUUGACAUGUCUCUACCAAAAGUCAGUCUCCCAAAGUUUGAUGCCAGUGUGGAAGGACCAGACCUGAAAGGAAAAAUGGAAAUGCCAUCAGUUGAUGUUUCACUGCCAAAAGGAAAAGCAGAUGUGGAUGUAGACAUCGAUGUACCCAGCGGCAAAGGAGGCAAAUUAAAAAUGCCUACAGUGGAUAUUUCCCUUCCUGAAGGAAAGGUUGAGGGUGACAUUAAUCUUGAAGGCCCAGAUGUGAAAGGAGGGAAAUUCAAAAUGCCCAAAUUUGACGUGUCUUUGCCAAAAGUCAGUCUCCCAAAGUUUGAUGCCAGUGUGGAAGGACCAGACCUGAAAGGAAAAAUGGAAAUGCCAUCAGUUGAUGUUUCACUGCCAAAAGGAAAAGCAGAUGUGGAUGUAGACAUUGAUGUACCCAGCGGCAAAGGAGGCAAAUUAAAAAUGCCAACAGCUGAUAUUUCCCUUCCUGAAGGAAAGGCUGCGGGCGACGUUAAUCUUGAAGGCCCAGAUGUGAAAGGAGGGAAAUUCAAAAUGCCCAAAUUUGACGUGUCUUUGCCAAAAGUCAGUCUCCCAAAGUUUGACGCCGAUCUGGAAGGACCAGACCUGAAAGGAAAAAUGGAAAUGCCAUCAGUUGAUGUUUCACUGCCAAAAGGAAAAGGAGAUGUGGAUGUAGACAUCGAUGUACCCACUGGCAAGGGAGGGAAAUUUAACAUGCCCUCACUUGAUAUCUCUCUACCUAAAAUCAAAGCAAAAGGAGUUGAUGUUGAUAUAACAGGACCUGAGGUCAAAGGUGAUGUAUCUCUCCCAAAAGUGAAGACUCCAGAGGUUGACAUCAACCUUCAGGGUCCUGAUGUCAAAGGGGGAAAGUUCAGCCUACCCACUGUUGACAUUUCACUCCCCAAAGGAAAAGCUGAUGCCGACCUCAACAUUGAGGGUCCAGAGGUGAAAGGAGGGAAAUUCAAAAUGCCCAAAUUUGACGUGUCACUCCCAAAGAUGAACCUGCCUGAAGGGGAUAUCAAUGUUGAAGGACCAGCGAUGAAGGGGGGAAAGAUAACCAUGCCUUCUGUUGACAUCUCGGUUCCAGAGGGAAAAGUCACAGGAGAUAUUGAUAUUAAAGGACCAUCAGGAAAGUUUGGGGAGCCAAAGGUUGACCUUACUGGUAAAAAAAGUGGUGGGCUACACAUGCCAACACUUGACAUAGACCUCCCUAAAUUUGAUCUUGACCUCAGCUUCCCCUCUGGUAUGAAAGACAAAAGCCUCAAAGUAGAAACCUCUGGUCUCGAUGGGUCUGGAAAUCUUGAGAUGUCUGGUCCCAAAGGUGACAUCAAGCCUGCCAAAUUGAAAGUUAAAGGUGCAGACAUUGAAACAGAAGGUUUAGAAGGUCCAGGCACAUCUCUUAAACUCCCAACAGUCAAACUACCAACAGUUGACAUCUCAGCUCCAAAGGUGGAUCUAGACUUUGGCCUCAAUAAACCUAAAGGUGAUGAUGUAGAAGUGGAACUUCUGAAAGCAGAGGGAGGAAGGCCGUCUUCAGGGGGUAGCUUUGAUCUUCCUGAUGUUUCCCUCAAAGCCCCGAGUUUUACACUUCCCAGAUUUGGGGGAAAAUCCAAAAGUGGUGGUUUGGAGGUGUCAGGAAAAGGCCCAAAGGGUGACAUUUCCCUUAGCCCACCACAGCUGGAAGGAGAAAUUAGGGCACCAUCUGUAGAGUUUGAUGGGGAUGGAAAAGUUAAGGUGAAGAAACCUAAAUUCAAAAUGCCCUCAUUUGGUUUUUCCAAAAAGGAUGCAGAUGUAUCUGUGUCUUGUCCUGAUGUGGAUGUAAAAGCGAAAAUGGGGAAAAUUGACAUUCCUAAACCUGAAGUCAACGUUGAGAUGCCAGAGGAGAAAUCAAAACAUAAGGUUAAAUUCCCCAAGUUCAAAGUAUCAUCACCAAAGGGUCAGCUGCCUGAGGGAAAUGUUGACACUCAAGCAGAAGCAGAUAUGGGAGGGAAAAGUGGCUUCCAUGCACCAGAAGUCAAGAUCAAGCUGCCAAAGUUUUCAAUGCCAGGAUUUGGCUCUAAAGAAAAAGAUUUAGGCAAGCCAAGUGGUCAUCUUGAAGGCAAGGCCAAGGUCAAGAUUCCCUCUGUAGAGCUGUCACUUCCAGAAGCUAAAACCCCAGAGAUGGAGGUUCUUCUUCCCAAAGCAGAGGUGGAUGUCUCAGAGGCUGAUAUCAGAGGUUAUGAGGGAAACAUUAAACUAAAGAUGCCAGAUAUAAAGAUGCCAGAUAUUGACUUGUCUCUUCCAAAAGGGAAAACAGGUGACACUGAAGGAGGGAAGUUAAAAAUGCCAAAAGUCAGCAUGCCUGACCUAGACUUAUCCCUGCCAAAAGGGAAGUCCCCAAAGAUUGAAGGACCAGAGGUGGAAUUUAAAGGAGGUGAAGGAAAAUUCAAAAUGCCUCAGAUAACAAUGCCAUCAAUAGAUGUUUCUCUCCCUAAAGGAAAAUCUGGAGAUCUUGAUGUCCAAGGAAUUGAAAUGGAGGGUGAAGGAGGUGGGAAAUUUAAGAUGCCUCGUGUGAAAAUGCCUAAUGUUGACAUAACUUUGCCAAAACCAAAAACUGGACACAUUGACACUCCAGAUGUGGAUGUAGAUGGAGAGGGGGGUAAACUCAAAAUGCCUGGCAUCAAAAUGCCAAACAUUGAAUUAUCUCUACCAAAAGGAAAGACCGGUAAAUUAGAGGGACCACAUGCUGAAAUAGAAGGAGGAAAAAUGAAGAUGCCAAAUAUCAAAAUGCCAAAUGUUGAUAUUAACCUGCCAAACAUGAAAACUGGCGAAGUUGAUGCACCUGAUCUUGAAGCAAACAUUGAGGGAGGAGGAGCAAAAAUUAAAAUGCCCCAUUUAAAUAUGCCUUCAGUCAACAUUUCAUUGCCAAAGGGAAAAGCGGAAGGUCCAGAAGUUGAAAUAAAGGGAGGUAGCGGAGGAAAGUUUAAAAUGCCUCAUAUGAAAAUGCCAAAUAUUGACAUUUCUCUUCCAAAAGGGAAGAUUGAAAGUCCAGAUGUUGAAGUUGAGGGAGGUGUUGGAAGAAGGUUGAAAAUGCCAGAUGUUGAUGUCUCUCUUCCGAAAGGAAAGAUUGAAGGUCCAGAGGUGGAGCUCAAAGGGCAAGGUGGAAAAUUUAAGAUGCCACAUCUCAGCAUGCCUUCUGUUGAUAUUUCACCACCCAAGGGAAAGAUUGAAGGGCCUGAUGUUGAAAUGGAGAAAGGUGAAGGAGGAAAAUUCAAGAUGCCACAUCUCAGCAUGCCAUCUGUUGAUGUUUCACUGCCUAGAGGAAAAAUUGAAGGUCCUGAGGUUGAAGUAGAAGAAGGUUCUGGAGGAAAAUUUAAAAUGCUUCACAUAAAAAUGCCAGACACUGAUGUAUCACUACCAAAAGGAAAGAUUGAAGGCCCAGAGAUGGGAUUGGAGGGAGGAUCAGGAGGAAAAUUUAAAAUGCCUCACAUCAAAAUGCCAGAUAUUGAUCUUUCUCUACCGAAAGGUAAGAUUGAAGGACCAGAUGCUGAAAUCAAGGGAGGACUUGGUGGAAAAAUUAAAAUGCCUCACAUGAAAAUGCCAGAUGUUGAUCUCUCCCUGCCAAAAGGAAAAACUGAAGGACUGGAGGUGGAGAUCAAAGGGGAAGGAGGGAAAUUCAAGAUGCCAAAUCUCAGCAUGCCAUCAGUCGAUGUUUCAAUGCCUAGAGGAAAAACUGAAGGGCCAGAUGUUGAGAUCGAGGGAGGAUCAGGAGGAAAGUUUAAAAUGCCUCAUAUGAAAAUGCCAGAUUUUGAUGUAUCUCUACCCAAAGGAAAGAUUGAGGGUCCAGAGGUUGAAUUUGAUAAGGGUGCUGGAGGAAAAUUCAAGAUGCCACAUUUCAGUAUGCCAUCUGUUGAUAUUUCACUUCCUAAAGGAAAAUUUGAAGGUCCUGAGGUUGAAGUAGAAGGAGGUUCUGGAGGAAAGUUCAAAAUGCCUCACGUGAAAAUGCCAGAUGUUGAUCUCUCUCUGCCUAAAGGAAAAAUUGAAGGACCGGAGGUGGAGCUCAAAGGGGAAGGGGGAAAAUUCAAGAUGCCACAUCUCAGCACGCCAUCGGUUGAUGUUUCACUGCCUAGAGGAAAAAUUGAGAGUCCUGAGGUUGAGGUAGAAGGGGGUUCUGGAGGAAAGUUCAAAAUGCCUCACAUGCAAAUGCCAAAUAUUGAUUUCUCCCUGCCAAAAGGAAAGGCUGAAGGACCAGAUGUUGAGAUCAAGGGAGGAUCAGAAGGAAAGUUUAAAAUGCCACACAUGAAAAUGCCAGAUGUUGAUGUAUCUCUACCCAAAGGAAAGAUUGAGGGUCCAGAGGUUGAAUUUGAGAAGGGUGCUGGAGGAAAAUUCAAGAUGCCACAUCUCAGCAUGCCAUCAGUUGAUAUUUCACUUCCUAAAGGAAAAAUUGAAGGUCCUGAAGUUGAGGUAGAAGGGGGUUCUGGAGGAAAGUUCAAAAUGCCUCAUAUGAAAAUGCCCGAUGUUGAUUUCUCCCUGCCAAAAGGAAAGGCUGAAGGACCAGAUGUUGAGAUCAAGGGGGGAUCAGAAGGAAAGUUUAAAAUGCCACACAUGAAAAUGCCAGAUGUUGAUGUAUCUCUACCCAAAGGAAAGAUUGAGGGUCCAGAGGUUGAAUAUGAGAAGGGUGCUGGAGGAAAAUUCAAGAUGCCACAUCUCAGCAUGCCAUCAGUUGAUAUUUCACUUCCUAAAGGAAAAACUGAAGGUCCUGAAGUUGAAGUAGAAGGAGGUUCUGGAGGAAAGUUUAAAAUGCCUCACAUGAAAAUGCCAGAUGUCAAUGUCUCACUGCCCAAAGUAAAGACUGAAGGUCCAGAUGUUGAAAUGGAGGGAGGAAAAUUCAAAUUACCACAUAUGAAAAUGCAAGAUGUAAGCAUCUCUCUGCCCAAGGGAAAAUCUGGUAAAAUUGAAGGACCAGAUUUGGAGGUUGAGGGAGCUGAAGGAAAAAUUAAAUUGCCACACAUGACAAUGCCCUCAGUGGACAUUUCACUUCCAAAAGGAAAAGUUGAAGGUCCCAAAGUUGAAGUUAAGGGUGAGGAAGGAAAGUUCAAGAUGCCUACAGUGGAUGUUUCUCUUCCUAAAGGUAAAAUUAAAGACACUGAUGCACCUGCAAUGGAGAUGGAAUUAACAGGAGGAAAGAUAAAAGGCCCAGAUGUUAAACUUUCAAAAGGGGUGAAAUCAGGUGAUGUGGAGAUCAACUUACCAAGCUUUGAGGCAGGAGGGAAAACCAAAGUCCCAAAAGUCACAUCACCAGAGCUUGACACUGAUGCAACACUUCACCAAGACGCAGCGGCUGAGGGAGAGAACAAAGGCCUUAAACUUAAGAUGCCAACAAUAGAUAUCAAAGGUCCAAAAGGAGAUCUUGAGCUCGAUAUUGGACUGCAAAGAAAAGAGGGAAAGAAGGACAAGAAAAAAGUUGAACUACCUGACUUGGAUUUGAACACAACAGAAACAAGCAGCAAAGUUAAGGGUGCUAAAGUAAAAGGGACAAAAUUCAAGAUUGGAAUGCCCAAAAAGAAAACUGGCAAAGAUGUAGCAGCAGAAGCAAAAAUAUGCAAAAAAUGUGGUGAUGAGGAGUUGAGUGGUAAUGUCAAACAUACAUGCAAGGUUGAAGGAAGACCUGAGUAUGACGUUGAAACCCACAAUGGACAUAAAGAAGACAAAGAUCGUAUUACCAUCUCUGUGCCGGGGGUUACAUCACCCAGUGUUCAAGGCUCUGUAAGCUUAGGAACAGGGGCAGAGGGAGGAAUGUCAUCAUCCAAAGCAGAAGUCAAAGUCCCCAAAAUUCCAGACAUAGAUUUUGAUAUAGGUACAUCACAUGAUGAAGACAACAGCAAAAUAGAAUCCAGCAAGAAAAUCAAAAUCCCCAAGUUUGGCGUCCCAUUACCCUCCAUCUCCCCUGAGGAUAGAAGGAAUAUUUACGGGCAAGAAAUUCAGUAUGAAGGCCCUAAAAUGCCUAAAGUGAAGAAGGCUGUUUUUGUCUUGGUAAAUCCUCCACAAACGGACGAGCCUGCAGCAUCCACAGGCCGCCUUGAAGUAGAGACAACGACUGAGGCUGAAACAGAAGACCUCAAAAUGAAGAUGCCAAAAAUCAAAAUUAAGCCAAGUUUUGGGAAGUCUAAAGACAAAUCAGUUACUGUGGGCAUCGAGAAAGAAUGGGAGGGAGAGACAUCAGAGGUAGGGAAAAUGAAGAUGCCUCAGGAGUCAUUAUCACCUGAAAUGUCAGGACAGAUUGAUGUCAAAGGUUCCAGUUCAAGUCUCAACGGUGCAAAAGACACAAGUCCUCACAAGUGCUCCAAGGAUGAUAAAGGGACAUUCAGUGGAAAAUUCAAACUUCCAAAGGUGGAGUUUACCUCUCCAUAUGGAAAACUGUCAGGAAGGGAGGAGGACAAAGAAAUAAGUGUGAAACAAGAAGGGGAUUUGCCAUCAGGAGCAGAGGGAGAAGCCAGAGGACUUGCAGUGAAAUCAGGCAAGAGUGGCUCUGCUGGGUCUAGUGUCGAGCCCUCAAAGGAGGUGGUAUCAUCACUUGCCAGAACAGAAAUGCUGGACAGGGACAGCUCAGAGUCCCCCGCUAGCUUCACCAUGGAGUUCAGCUCCGCAAAGGUCCAGGCUUGGAGUGAGGCUGAAAGCAGAAACAGGGAGUCUGAAGAAAGGGAGACUGCCCCGUGGUUCAAGGUCCCAAAGUUCACCCUGAAGCCACACUCCACAGGCUUCCUCCAGAUAACUCCAGAGGGUUCUCCUCAAGCCCAGAGGAAGGGGGAGGUGGCAGGUGAGGUGGACGUCUCGGGAUCUUUCUGCCUUCACACCUCAGGGCUCGACUUCGCCAGCCAGGAAGUGUCUGAAGAGCACCAAGUCUCCUCCACAGAGGAGGGAACUCUCACAACGGUAACCAAAACCACCAGAAUCACCCGGCAAAUGGUCACGACAGAAACACGGACGGGCGAACCGUCAACAACUACGUCACCUCACCAGGCACUGGACUUUGACUACUAAGGAAGCUGUAAUGAUAUCUUAAAUGUAAUUUAAUUCUGUUGCUUUUCUUUGGUGAGGAUGCAGUGUAAGCUGCCUGCGACAUAAAAAACCUUGUCUACAUAGAAGUCUUUAUUUCAUCUAAACAGCUACAGAAUAACUGAGAUGAAAAAAAAAUCAUCUAUGAGUAUUUUUGUCAUUACUACAGCAACAGAGUAAUAUAUGCAUCUUUUUCUUUUACUUUAAAUGUGACUAUUUUUUGUUACUGUUCUUUGGGUUUUGUUAGUUUAGUCAUUAUUUAUCAGUUUUGUUUGAUUUUAAAGGUUUCAAUAUGUAAACAUGUUGUAUUACUUCAUUAUUAUUUAUUGUUGUUUGUGGGUUUAAAUUAUACUGUAAUAAGUCAUUUACAAGCAUCAGCAUCAUGGAAUAGUCCAUGACUAAAACUGAACUACUUCAGUACAGGCCAGAGAAAUAUUCAUGUAAAUACAACUUUAUAAAUGCUUUUUGAGCAGUAUCCCUUCAAUUUGAAAUGUAAUUAUUUUCAUAUUUACCAGAGUUAGCAGCACAGAUAAUAUUUUUUUGACUAGAUAACAUUUUGUGUUUGUCUUGAGAGAAAAGAGUGAGGUUUUUUGAGAGUUUAGGAUUUUCUCAUUUUCUGCCAUAGUUUUAUAUUUUGAGCAUUUAGCUGGUGCUGUUACCCAGAGAUAGUCACAUUAAGUGAGUGAGACACUCUGGAUUCUUAUCUGCUGUGUGGGGAUCAAACCUUCUCAUCGAAGGCUGGUCUCUCAAAUUUCGGCCACCCUGCUGCUAAUUUAUUUUUUUAUUUACGUUUACACUGUACACAAACAAGAAAUAUAUAGGUGACGUUUGGCUCUUUGGCAAAAUCAGUGAAAAUAACCUUUUAGGUGAAACCAUUAACCAUUUUGUAUUACAACCUAAAUACAAAGCUGAUUGAAGAGUGGGGAGUGUUGAUAUUGUCCCAAAGCCAUCUCCCAGUAAAACAUGGCAAACAGCAGAUUUGAUCUUUAGCUAUAUUAUAAAAUGUAUAGAAGUCAGGCUUUCCACAAGCUACCUGAGAGUGAAACUAUGCUAUAUGCUUCUGCUGAGGACAAAACUUUGGUUUGAGAAAAAUUGUUCAUUAGUGAGCUCCACCUUUCGAAGUUUGUUAUCAACUCCAAGUUGACCCUAGACUCAAAGAUGAGUUUUUUUUUUUUUUAAACAUGUGAACUGAGAGUGAGCCCUACCAAAAACUCAGUAGUGUGCCAAUGUUGUUUCAGUCCAACAACUGACACACAGCCACUGACAUGAACUGUAGUGCACAGUAGGGUUGUUCCAAUUCUGAUACCAGUAUCAGAAAAACAAUACUGCUUAAAAUGCAGGUAUUGGUCUCGACGAGUACACGAGUUUAUGCACCGAUCCAAUACCGUUUGGUUUAGCUUUAUAUUUUGCUUCGUUUAGCCAUGCUAACCGCAAAGCACUGCAUGCACGGGCUACCGUUUUAAGCGCAGAGAAGAAGAACCAAAGGACUCACUGCAGCAUAAAAGAAUGGCGGCUACAUGACAGUUUUUCUCUGAAUGUGAUCUUUAAAAUGCCUUCCAGACCAGCGCUGUCAAACACGACAAGAAGUGACCCAGUUUAUCAAAACUUAAAUACAUUCUGAACCAUAAAUCGUUGCCUCUUACUUGUUUUUCCUCUUGAACUCGGGUGACUUUUGGGGACUUAAAUGAUUAAAUCCACACAAGUAAACCUGAUACUGAACGUCUUUUUUUCCAUUUUAAUUGAACUACAAUAAUUUAUUAAUGCUAGCUCGAAUGCUAAGCACGAUAUUGUUUAUCGUUUGUAAGGGUCUGUCAGCCAAUGGCAGGCUGUUCUGUAAUCACGUGAUAGGCCGAGACAAGCAUAUUGGAGAGAGAGAUAGAGAGUGCCUGUGAUGCAGCCCCCUGCAUUAUUAUAUUUUAUUAACAAUAAUACGUAUCAGGUAGGAAAAAAUGGUAUCGGAGCAUCCCUAGUGCACACAUCACUGUUUUCAGGGGAAACUUUGUUUUUCCAGUUUAUAUAAACACAAAAACAGUGGCAUUUUAGAAGCUUACAGUUAAUAACCUUCAAAUUCUUCAUUUUCAAACUAACAGCCAAAAUGCAACAAAAUGCUGUCAUUUCUGCUUGAAACUGCUGUCAUGUAAACCAGGCCCAAGGCAUGGAGUGGUUUUGAAUGAAAAAAAAAAAAUUAAAAAAAUUGUCUGUACCCCUUACAUUUUUUAAAAUGUAGUUCCAACUGUUUGCAUUGGAGGGAGAAAAGAUACGGCAGGAAAUCAGUUUGACCGAAAACCUCAACUACCAACUAAUGUAGUGAAAACACCCACAGUCUUUUAGGUUUAAGGUGGAAAUAAGCAUAAGGCCAAAGAUAAACCGACAAAUCCACUCCCACACUCUUCAAUACCAACGUUUAAUUUUAUGUCUGUUUAACUGGUGAAAAAUAAAUUUGAAAACCCUGGGAUGAGAGUAGUAGCAUGUCAAGAUAGGACAAACAGAGUAGUUUCUACAUGUAAAAAGAUUUUUACUUCUCUGAUUUCAUCAAAUCUUGAAACUUAUUUUAGACUAUGAGGGUUUCAGUGCCAAGUGUUUGUGUAAAAGCUGCAUUGGAGAGGAUGUUUGUUAAGAUGUGUCAUCAAUAAAAUGAUAUUCACAGAAAAAUUA